CCUGCUGCCGCCGCCGCCGCCGCUGUCCGAGCGUCUGCUGCCGCCCUCGGGGCCUGGUUUCAAUGUGAACUGUAUUAGCAGAAAAAAUUCUUUGAAAAAUUAUUGACAAAGAAUCUACAUUUGAUUUCACUGUGACAGGAAGAAGAACCUUUGCCAUCAGCUGAGCUAGGACGAGGAUCCUCCUCCUAACCUGGGCUUCCUGUCAUGGAUGAAGAGACACAGCACAGCCUUGAAUGCAUCCAGGCCAAUCAAAUCUUUCCCAGGAAGCAAUUGAUUCGAGAGGAUGAGAAUCUUCAGGUUCCUUUCCUGGAACUUCACGGUGAGAGCACAGAGUUCGUGGGCCGGGCCGAGGAGGCCGUCAUUGCACUGUCUAAUUACAGGCUGCACAUCAAGUUCACGGAGUCGCUUGUUAACGUUCCGUUACAGCUCAUAGAGAGUGUUGAAUGCCGAGAUAUAUUUCAACUUCAUUUGACUUGCAAAGACUGCAAAGUUAUCAGGUGUCAGUUCUCAACCUUUGAGCAGUGUCAGGAGUGGCUUAAGAGACUGAACAAUGCGAUCCGGCCGCCUUCGAAGAUAGAGGACCUCUUCUCAUUUGCAUAUCACGCUUGGUGCAUGGAGGUCUAUGCCAGCGAGAAGGAGCAGCAUGGGGACCUGUGCCGGCCAGGGGAGCACGUCACAGCGAGAUUUAAAAAUGAAGUCGAACGGAUGGGUUUUGAUAUGAACAACGCCUGGAGGAUCUCCAACAUCAAUGAGAAAUACAAGCUGUGUGGCAGCUACCCUCAGGAGCUCAUUGUGCCAGCCUGGAUUACCGACAAGGAGCUUGAAAGUGUAGCGAGCUUCAGGUCCUGGAAACGCAUCCCUGCUGUGGUCUACAGGCACCAAAGUAAUGGGGCGGUCAUCGCCCGCUGUGGGCAGCCCGAGGUCAGCUGGUGGGGCUGGCGGAAUGCUGAUGAUGAGCACCUUGUGCAGUCUGUGGCCAAAGCCUGUGCCUCUGACUCCAGGUCAAGUAGUGGCAAGAUACUGAAUGGAAAUUGCUCUAGGGAGUUUUCCAAUGGAGGUGACCUUUCAGACGUGGAAUUUGAUUCUUCCCUGUCAAAUGCUUCUGGAGCAGAGAGCUUAGCUAUCCAGCCUCAGAAGCUUCUAAUCUUGGAUGCGCGGUCCUAUGCAGCAGCUGUGGCAAACCGAGCCAAAGGAGGUGGCUGCGAAUGCCCAGAGUAUUAUCCCAACUGCGAAGUGGUAUUUAUGGGGAUGGCAAACAUUCAUUCAAUUCGGAAGAGCUUUCAGUCCCUGCGGCUGCUCUGUACGCAGAUGCCCGAUCCGGGAAAUUGGCUUUCUGCUCUCGAAAGUACCAAGUGGCUGCAGCACCUAUCGGUGCUGCUGAAGUCGGCCCUGCUGGUUGUCCAUGCUGUGGACCGCGAUCAGCGGCCAGUGUUGGUACACUGCUCUGAUGGCUGGGAUCGGACCCCCCAGAUUGUGGCACUGUCCAAGCUCCUGCUUGAUCCCUACUACCGAACCAUAGAGGGCUUCCAGGUGCUCGUGGAGAUGGAAUGGCUGGAUUUUGGCCAUAAGUUUGCUGAUCGCUGUGGCCACGGGGAAAACUCAGACGAUCUGAAUGAGCGUUGUCCUGUGUUUCUGCAGUGGCUGGACUGUGUCCACCAGCUCCAGAGGCAGUUUCCUUGCUCUUUUGAAUUCAAUGAAGCAUUCCUUGUCAAGUUGGUACAACACACCUACUCUUGCCUCUUUGGAACAUUCCUGUGCAACAACGCGAAGGAGAGAGGAGAAAAACACACUCAGGAACGGACCUGCUCCGUCUGGUCUCUGCUUCGGGCGGCCAACAAGGCCUUCAAGAACCUGCUCUAUUCUUCUCAGUCAGAAACUGUGCUGUAUCCAGUGUGCCAUGUGCGAAACCUAAUGCUCUGGAGUGCCGUGUACCUCCCGUGUCCCUCCCCUUCCACACCUGCCGAUGAUACCUGUGCUCCAUACCCAGUCCCUGGUGCCAGUCCUGAAGAUCAGCCUCUGAGUAGGCUACCAAAGACACGGUCGUUUGACAACCUGACGACAGUCUGCGACAGCAGCGUGCCUCCAACCAGUCGGCGCAGCAGCGACCCCAGCCUCAACGAGAGGUGGCAAGAACAUCGGCGCUCCCUGGAGUUGAGUGGCCUGGGCAGCCCCGGGGAGGAGCCCUGUGAUGGGGACAGUUUGGGCAGACAGGCCAAGGCCUUGGGGGGAGCUGAACUUUCAGUCGCCGCUGGCGUAGCAGAAGGGCAGAUGGAAAACAUCCUGCAGGAGGCCACUAAAGAGGAUGGGGGGCUGGAGGAAGCCCCCCUGAGGAGUAGCACUGAGGGGACGGAGACCAAAGAGGAGGCUCUCCUAGAUAAGAAGAGCCAGCGGGAGGACACGGAGCUCUAUAAGAAACCAGAGAUGGCCCUGGCGGCUCUGAUGACUUCUCCAGGAAACAGCACACAUCAGCUGUUGGCAGGUUUCCCUGGGCACCCCGAUGAGCCCAGGGCUCUGCUGAGCCAUAGCCAGGAGCCCCCUAAGAAGGACAGCCUGCUGGAGGGGCCUGGGGAAGUGCCUGGGAACAGCAAUGUGGAUACAAACAGCCAUCAAGCCCCACUGCCCCCCGAGAUUUCUUGUGGCAUCUCCCUGCCCCCGGCAAUCCCACCGGGAGCAAGACCGUCCGCUGUGGAAAGCUCUGUGGAAACGGUAACAGAAGGAGAGGCCAGAGUAGAGCAGCUCCCCGAAGGUCCUGGUCACAGACCUCGCCUCCUGGACAGCGGGGAUGAUGAGCUUUCUCGAGCCGAUGGGGAGCACCUGGUGGACAGGGCCAGGGCGGGAUCCAAAGUGCCCAGGACUUCACACAGCCCAAUGCCUUCUUCCUGUGCCUUGCCCUUAGCUGAAUGUAAAGAGGAGAUUGUCUGUAACGGAGACCUGGAGAUGGAGAACACGGCCACAGAGAACCCUGUGGGGCUGACAGUGCCCCAGAGAUACCCUGCCCCGAAUGGACACUGUCUGGAUGGAGAGCGCGGGCGGGUCAAGGGGCCCUGGAGCCGCCGGGUGUCUGCUGCAAGCGCCAGCUCCACCCAGCUCCCCUUGCGGAGCGCACACCCCAAGUGGCUGCAGGGCCAGCCGGGCAGGCAGCUGGCGGCCGGCAGCCCAGAGCAGCCCGCUCGCAGUCACCUGGACGACGACGGCAUGCCCGUCUACACGGACGCCAUCCAGCAGCGCUUGCGCCAGAUCGAAACGGGCCACCAGCAGGAAGUGGAGACCUUGAAGAAGCAGGUGCAGGAGCUGAGGAGCCGCCUGGAGAGUCAGUACCUGAACAGUUCCCUGCGCUUCAAUGGGGACUUUGGGGAUGAAGUGACCUCAAUCCCCGACUCGGAAAGCAAUGUGGAUCAGAGCUGCUUGUCUUGCUGCAGCACAGAGAUUUUCUCUGAAGCCAGCUGGGAGCAGGUGGAUAAACAGGACACAGAGAUGACCCGCUGGCUCCCUGACCACCUGGCCGCUCACUGCUAUGGUUGCGACAGUGCCUUCUGGCUUGCCAGCAGGAAGCACCACUGCAGGGACACUGACCGUGUUGAUCCAAUGUGGAACUGUGGGAAUGUUUUCUGCUCCAGCUGCUGCAACCAGAAGGUGCCGGUUCCCAGUCAGCAGCUCUUCGAGCCCAGUCGAGUCUGCAAGUCUUGCUAUCACAGCCUGCACCCCACAAGCUCCAGCCUGGACCUCGAACUGGAGAAACCCAUUGCUGCCACUUCAAACUGAAGCUUCUGCCUGUCGGGGGCCAGGCCAGCUGCCCCCCUGGGGAACCCCGCACACACUGGGUACCCUGAGGAGGUCCUGUGGCCCACGCACUUUGGAGUGGCGGGCGAGGAACCACCUGCUCUGAGGGACAGAGCUCUAGGGCAUCUUGCUGGGGUGGAGGAUCCCUCCCCUUUCCCCCUGCCCCCUCUGCCUCUCCACCCUCUGAUUUGUGUUUGGGCUUUGGUUUUGCUGGAUAACGGGAGGUUGCAAAGGGGGUGAGGCCUAGGAUCAGGCCCCUGUUGCUCUUAGCUUCCCCACUGUUGGUCUGUACUGCAGAGCUGGCUUGGUUUGGAAUCAGGAGGCUGGAGAAGGGGGAGCCAGGAGCCAAGACCAGAAGCAGUAUGCAGAAUGCGCUUGCUGAUGCUUUCAAUCACUCCUCAUGCCACCAAACAAGGUAGUGCUGUUUGGGGAAACCUUUGCUGCUAGAAGAAAUGGGGAGCUUCGGGCCCAUGAGAGCCCAUCCCGCCUUCUCUGUUGUUAGCCUGGGCUGAAUUAGCCUCCCUUUGCUGACGGGGAGCUCAGAAGCCCAUUCCUGUCCUCAGGCAGCUCCCUGUUUUGUAGGGUGCCCUCGUGGCCAAGGCCUGUCACUUGGCUGAGGAAAGUCCCAUUUUGACUCCUAAGCCUGCAGACACAGUGAGGAGGCCUAGCAGAUGAGCAGAUUUUUCCAUUCUCCACGUGUGGUUUGUUUGUGCGUUGACCCAGAAUGUAGGACCCUUCUUGCUGACAGGGGCCAAGUCUGCAGCUUCUCAGUGCCCACCUCCCUUCACAGCAAGAAGCCACCACCGGGGCUGCCCAUUCACAUACAAUCACGGCUAACACAGGGAGAUCUGGACUCAGGGUUCCAAAAGGCCCCAGCUUCCUUUCCUCCCCCCCCGCAAAAAAAAACAAUCAUGAUCUCCCCUCCAGGGUGAAAUCAGCCUCUGAAAGUACAAGCUUCCAAGAGUGGAAACCAGACUUCCCAUUCCCUUUUUCCUUGGAGAAUGGGCUGGGCUUGACUUCGGCCAUCAGCAGAAGGAGGGGCUCUAUGUGGGACCUCCAUCUGGUGCCAUUUUUGGCUUCUCAGCAGCAGCGGCAAAAUCCAUUUGGAUUUUGUAUCACUAGGGAAACUGCCCAGGACUUGGACAGGAGGUUUUUGGGGAAAAGGGACACAGGAAGUAGGAGCAGAGCGGUGGAGAGCAGCCGAGGUUUGUGUGUGGUGGUUUGUCUUGGUGUCCGUACUUUGCACCCACAGGCUCUCCCUCCCUCUGGGGAAGGAGGACCAUGCUUUGUUGGACUCAAAGCUGUCACCAGGUAACAGGGUAGAAGUGUCUGAAGGAGCUCUGGGAUCAGGCCCUGUGCAGAGGGCCCGCUGCUCCCCUGGCAUCUGCUGGGGCCUUCGGAGGACUUUGCGGCCCUCGCCCCCUCCCGCGGGGCCUGCUGUGGCAGGGCGCCUCCGAGCUGGCAGUGGGGAAGCCGGGGGUGCUCCUCCCCGCACGUCAGCCGGAGGGAAGGUUCUCCCGAAGCUUCGAUACGGGUUUCUUGGGUCUGAUGUACAGUGUGAAUAGAUGCUUGCAGCUCGUAGGCCCUCCCCCUUGUUUUUGAUCAAUGAAGCACUUUUUUAUUAAUAUUAUUUUUCUUUGUAUGUAAAGGAGGAACUGUAACUCUCCGUAGCUGUACAUAUCACCCUUCUCUCUUACAGAGGGGGCAGUGCUCCUCUAUUUUUCAUUUUUUUGUCAAAGCAAGAAGUAAAUACUUUAGAAUUGUUAAAUAUAUAAAUAAAAGUGAAUAAAGUUUAGAGUUCCGCAUGGUA